AUGGCACGUGGAUACACAGCUAGAGAACAAGGAGAGGGGUUUUGUGUUGCAGGCGUUACGAACUCGGGCAGCGGUGGUCGGAGAAUCCAUGGGGGAGGUAUCAAAAUCGCUCAUUUCGAUCUCAUUGUGAUUUGUUAUGGGUUUUUGUUGCUGGUCUUGGUGAAAAGAUUGGAUUUUUGGCAGGAGGAGAAGAAGCCGGAGGAGGGGAAGAAGGAGGCGGCGGCGGCGGCGCCGGAGGGGGAGAAGAAAGCGGCGCCGGAGGAGGCGAAGAAGGAGGACAAAGAGGAGAAAAAAGAGGAAGGGAAGGAGAAGAAAGACGGCGAAAAAGGUGGCGGCGGAGACGGGGAGAAGAAGGAAGGGGAGGAGGCGCCGCCACCGCCGCCGCCUCCUCCGCCACCGGAGGAGGUGGUGAUGAAGGUCUACAUGCAUUGCGAAGGCUGCGCGAGGAAAGUGCGAAGGUCUCUCAGGGGAUUCGAAGGCGUGGAGGCGGUGAUGGCGGAUCACCGGCUUCACAGGGUGGUGGUGAAGGGGCGGAAGGCGGCGGAGGACCCGUUGAAGGUGGUGGAGAGGGUCCAGAGGAAGAGUCAUAGGAGGGUGGAGCUCAUCAGUCCCAUUCCCCCACCAAAGCCAGAGAAAAAGGAAGAAGAGAAGGAGGAGGAGAAACCAAAGGUUGAAGAGAAGAAAGAAGAGCCCCAAGUGAUCGUGGUACUGCUCAAGGUCCUCAUGCAUUGCGAGGCCUGUGCCCUGGAGAUUAAGAAAAGGAUUCUAAGGAUGAAAGGGGUACAGGCGGCGGAGGCGGACAUGACGAGUUCGACGGUGAAAGUGACGGGCGUGUUCGACCCGGCGCGGCUGGUCGCUUACGUCCACAAGCGGACGGGGAAGCAUGCGAUAGUGGUGAAGCAGGAGCCAGCGGAAAAGAAGCCGGAGGUGGCGCCGGAUAAGGCCGACGGAUCGGCGGAGGCGGAGGCCAAGGACGAGAAGAAGGCCGAGGCCGGCGAGGAGAAGGAGAAGAAGGAGGGCGGCGACGGCGAGAAGAAGGCCGCAGAGGGCGCCGGAGGCGGAGAGGAGAAGAAGGAGGCCGCCGCCGCCACUGCCGCCGGGGAGGGUGUGGAGAACGAGACUGGAAAGGAGAAGAAGAACGAGGGCGCAGUGAAGGAGGCCACCGUCGUCGCCGUCGUUGCCACCGCCGGCGUGGACGGCGCCGCGGGUAAGAUGAGGAGGAAUGAGUUCUACUAUUAUUACCCGAGAUACCCUGUAGAGUAUGCGUAUCCACCGCAGAUCUUUAGCGACGAGAAUCCUAAUGCAUGCGCUGUCAUGUAAACAUGUAGUCUUUCAAAAGCCCGUAUCUUUAUAUUUGUUGGCGACCCUCAAACUUAUCGACAUUUAAGAGUAAGCGUGUUCGUUAUGCUUUUGUUUUGUUACUUUCUAUUUCAUGUAGUCUUUUUUCCUUUAUAUAAUUAUAUCCAUCAAAAUAAGCAUAGAAUUAUUGGUAUGCCU